CCGUUUCCGGCCGGUGCGCUGCGUCUGCGCAUCUCAUCUUGCUCCGAAGAUGUGCUUAUGGGGUCGGAGUUGUUGCGGCGCUCUGUGCGGAUACAAAGGGAACCCCAACAAGACGCAACAGGGCGAGAUCGAGCUGACGACGGGCCGGGCUGAUCAUGACGACGAUGCGGCUCAGUUUGCCGCCACGGCCAGCAACCGCCUAGCAGCAGUCGUCCUGUCCUCCUCCGCUGCCCCUACCGCCACGGCCAAGGACCAGGAAUAUCAGGUCGUGCAGUGGAGACGAGGCAUCAAGCGCCAUUUCGGAAAGCUCAACCCCCAGGCCGCCCGCCUGCUGCUCGACCUAUGCGACAACGACGACCUCCAGAGUUCCAUCUUUUACCUUGACGCAGAGUACAGCCGCCACGGCCUCGCCUCUGGCAUCAAGACACUGGAACCAACGCUGGCAUCCAUCGACUCCUUCUCACAGGCGCUGGGCGCCCUCGCACAAGCAGGCCCUGAGUCGGUCCAGCUGCUAUGGGGCAGCAUGCUCCUCCUCGUCAAGGUCACCCUGCGUCACCAAGAUGUCAUCGACAAGAUUACGCAAAUGCUCGGCCAUCUCACCGGAGCCAUGCCCAGGUUCGAGACGUACCUCGACUUAUACCCAACCACCCAGCUCCGCCGUGCCAUGCGUGCUAUCUACGACGACUUCAUCGACUUCUGCUUGUCCAGCGCAAAUUUCCUGAGCCGCAGUACUAUAGCCAACAUCUUUCGCUUGUCAUGGUCUUCUGUGGACAAAGACUUCGAGAAGAUGAGCCAGAGCUUAGAAAGCCACGCCCAAGAUUUCGAAGCCGAGACCCGUCUGGCCAAUGUGAAGGCGACCAAGAAGUGGCAAGACGACAUCCUUGAGAGGCUCCCCAAGAAUGUUUCCAACGACAACUCCUCAGGGGUCUCGACUGUCAGCAGCCUCGUGUCCACCCUUCCAUUCCCAAGAAAUCUCAUGUUCACGGGCAGAGACGACAUCCUACAAGACAUAAACAGGGUCCUCCAGUUACCCGUGGCAGACCAAACCCAAGCCCUGCGCUGUAUGACAUUGUACGGCAUGGGCGGCGUUGGCAAGACUCAAAUUGCGCUGGAAUACGCUUAUCGGUUGCGGGGUACCUACUCUCACACGUUUUGGAUCAAGUCUGAGACGGAAGUUGAACUGAGGCACUCAUUUGCUGCACUUGUCAAAGGCCUCGCCCUGCCGCAUGGUGGUGAGAGCGAGCAAAAGGACAUAGAACUGGCACGGAAGUGGCUUGAAACGAGCGAUGGUCGAUGGUUGGUGGUCUUCGACAACGUCCAACAGGUGUCUCUUCUCCGUCGGUACUGGCCUCGCGGCCCCAAAGGUAGCGCCAUCAUCACAUCACAACGACCUUCCUUUAAUGAAUUCUCUGCCGAGAGUAUUCGAAUACGCCCGUUCUCGGUCGAGGAAGGCACAAGCCUGAUCCUGCGCCAGAUGCAUCUCGAUGCCAGAGAUGAGCCCGCCCGUGCGAACGCCCAAGAACUUUCAGAGGAGUUGGGCGGCUCUCCGCUGGCCAUUGCUCAUUACGUCGGCUUUUGCGUUGCGUCCCACUACACUUUGGCUGAAGUUCUCCAUACCUUUCAGCGAAGAUCCGUGUCGGCAGAUAUCUGGUCCUGCAACUCGAACGCAUCGGUGAUGCAGUACGAGAGAACGCUCAGUACCGUCUGGGAUACUGCGUUAAGCAGUCUGAAUGAGGACACAAGGAACUUUCUUGACGUGCUCGCGUUCCUGAACCCAGACUAUAUACCCGAGGACUUCCUUAAGAGCAAGCCCGAUGUCAAUGAGGACGGGGCCGCUGGGUUUUCCACAAUCAAGCUCAUUGGCAUGGUGUCGAGCCUGACUCGACGCAACCUCAUUGAACGAAACAUCAUUAAAGACGGCUCUAGUUUACGAAUACACCGCUCACUCCGUCUUGCCCUGAUGAUCCAAAUGGACACGGAUCCUGAGAAGCGUCAGGCCAGGUUCAAAAGAGCCCUCCGCCUUACAAGAAACGCCUUUCCCAGACGCGACAUGACCUCCCGCACUCCUCAAUUCGAUCCCAUAUGGAAAAGGUUAAUGCCGCAAGUCUUGAGCUUGCAAUCAGCUUUUGAAAGAUCUGACCCACCGAUGCACAGCGAUAUGGAGUUUGCUGGUCUCCUGAGCGACGCUGGCAGCUUUCUCUGGGAGCAACAGCUGAAUAGGAUUGCCCUUCCAAUCCUGCUGCUGGGCGAGAAGAUGGUGCUGGAGCUUGUUGAUGAUGAUGAACCCAGCCCGGUGCUCGCGAGCCUGGAGAACAUGCUCAGCCUACUAGACGCGCACGAGAGCGCUGACAAUCGAGACGCUGUUAUCGCGCGAAUGAAACGCGUGGUCAAACACCGGGAGGCAUUUCUUCGCAGCCUGCCGCCUGGCACUGCUACGAUCGAGCAGCAGGUAGAUGUCGGUAGGGCGUGGAACGACCUUGCAUACUUCUACGCCGAUAUGGAACAGUUUGAAGAGGCCGACCGCGGAAUGACAAAGUCUCUGGCGCUCUAUAAGACUCUAGGUGACGAAAGGACGCUGAGGUUUCGAUUUGCUCUCCAAUAUGCCGACCUAACGGUUGUCCGGGUCGGACAGGGCCGCAUCGACGAAGCUCUAGACCUGGCUAGUAAGUCGUUCGAGCUUUGCAAGGCGGAGCUGGGACACAACCACCUCGAGACAGUAAGGUUCGAAAUGCAAUGGGCAUAUGCACUGAUGGCCUCAGGAUCCCUGAGUGAUGCUCUCAGCAGGUUGAGGGAUGUUCUUAAAGUGCGAUCCAGACUACUCGAUAGGGAUAACCCCGACGUCCUCACCACGAAGUACUGGACUGGAACCGUAUACUACUACCUCGACCGAGCGGGAAAAGCCGAGCAAUAUCUACGCGAAGCAGUCGAGUUCGGCGGGCAGUCUGGCUUAGGAGUGCCUGAUCUAGCCCGCGCACAGUAUCGAUUAGCACUCGUGCUUUACGAACAAAAACGCCGUAAGGAGGCUGUGAUGUUUGAGGAGGAAGCAGUCGCAGCAAUCUCGGAAGAGGAUCGCCCGCCAUGCGAGGACAGAGAUGAGAUCAUUCGGCUGCUCGAUCGGAGGGUGUACAUACAGAAUGGUCGGUCGACAGGGCCUUUUCGGGGCAAGAGGGAGGGAAAAGAGUGA